AUGGACGACUUUGACCCCACCGUCACCAACUCGCCUAAGUUCCGCCUGAUCGCCGUGCAAUGCCUCUUUUCAAUCACCGCGUUCGCCGCGAUGCUGAGCCAGCGCCACGGCCUAGCCGGGCCCGAUGAGAUGACCUUGGAGGAGUGCGGCCCGCAGGCUUGCGGGUACCAGAAGUUCUCCAACUUCAAGUUCCUCAUCGCCGUGUGCAUAAUCUACGCCGUCUUUUCUCUCGUCGUGAUGGCGGCGUACUUGCUCCAGAGGGUUCCCCCGCCGGUGACGGAGCUCACCGCGUACACCGUCAUGAACGUCCUGCUCUUCGCCGCGUUCGCGAUGUCCGCCACGUCAUGCAACAUCACCAUCGUCGACCCCGUGUACCCGGUGUGCAAGCGGGCCACGUCGGCGAAGGCUUCGAUUGCGUUUGCGUUUUUCACGUGGCUGGCGGUGUGCUUCUCGAUGUUGUUCACGUACAAGGAGUGGAGGGACGUCGACUACCACGUGCCGGGGAGCGGCGCGUACGAGUUUGUGCCUGGCGUCACCUCCGGUUCGUCGCGGUCAUCCUACCCGCCGCAGGCCUCGUCGUCCUCGUACGCUUGA